UCUCUCUGUCUCCCUCUCCACCCUCUCUCCACUCCCUCAGAUCCACAUUCACUCUCUCACCUUCGAGCCUCUUGGAGCCAGAGUCACCUCCGUUACCCAAAGGUCUUCAGGCCUCCAGGUUUAUUUACCCCAAACACCUGCCUGACAGGUUGUCACCUCCAAAACCUCUCUCCCUGAAGUCUCAGUCAUCGCCGUCACCACCAGAGCCCUUAUCGUCCGCCUUGCCGUACUCUCAGUCACCUAGGAAACGAUUAUCCAGCAGGUCACAAAAUACCAAGUCACCUAGUGACCCUCUCUCUCCCGUGUCACCAGGAAGUCCUGCGUCCUACAGGUCACCUCCAAAACCCUUAUCCACCAUGUCACCGUCAACGCCUCCAGAUGCUCUGUCCUCUAGGAAGGUGUUGAUUCCAUCACAAGAGGAACCCUUAUCCACCAUGUCACCGUCAACGCCUCCAGAUGCUCUGUCCUCUAGGAAGGUGUUGAUUCCAUCACAAGAGGAACCCUUAUCCACCCAGUCAGCCAUGUCAUCCCACCCCUCUCCUUCUCUUUCCCUGAUGAGUGACCCACCACCACACUCCUCUGACACACUGACAAACUACAGCUCCCAGCAGACACCACGAGUGCUCUCAGGGUCAGGGAUCAGAAAGUCACACAGUCCAGCUCUCUUUCCCAGGAUGCCUGCAACAGAGUCAUCCAGUGACAGCCCGGGCCUGACGCCCUGCGAAGAAGACUCCUCAGACGAGGAGAUGAAGAUGGAUGGAUGUUUAGAGGAGUGGGGGGGUAGUGCGGAGCACAGAUGCUCUACCUUCCUCUCUCCCACCCUUCUCCCAGAGGGUUCCCCUGUCUUCCUAACAGCCCUGGACCCAGAACCAGAGACAGGAGAGCUGGUCCCAGAACCAUCCAUGGCGCUGCGUGCUGUGGCCCAGAGAGAGCCGUCCGAGGCGCGGAGCUUCUGUGGUCUUGAGGGCUUCCUCAUCCUGAUGGACCUCGGUUCUCCACAGCCCAGCCCACGUCCCACACAUUCUCACCCAGACACACAGGACAGCGUACACACACUCACAACAGCUGAGGAUGUGGAGUUGAGGAGGUACUGUGCCUCGCUGUUUGCUGUGUCAUCCUGCGGGGGCAGCGCUGAGCCAGAGCCCUCACCUGGAUCGUGUCUGAGCAUAGAGGAGUUAGAUGAGGAGACAGUUAGAGACAGAGGGUUUGUUACUGAACAGAAGGCAGAAGACAACACAAAGCAAGAGGAAGUCAAUGCAAUUGGAGGUCCUAACCUGUCCCACAAUGCAUUGUCCCAGGGAGCCAUGUUGUCUGGGUCUCCAGUGACCUGGUCACCUCGCCCUCCAUCGGUCUCUAAAGUGGGGACCACUCAGAUACCACAACCUGACCACACUAGUGUACGGUCUCCAAGGUCCACCACUGCGUCACCUCAGCCCAGUGGACCAAAGACCCCUGGGUCGUCAACCAAGACACCAGCCACGUCAACACGAACAGACUGCUCUUACAACCUCCAUCAGUCAACUCUAGACCCCUCAUCCCCCAGCCCUUCUCCCUCUACACCCAAUCCAGAGCUCUUAUCUGCAGGGCCCCCAUUCUCUCUGUCUCCCUCUCCACCCUCUCUCCACUCCCUCAGAUCCACAUUCACUCUCUCACCUUCGAGCCUCUUGGAGCCAGAGUCACCUCCGUUACCCAAAGGUCUUCAGGCCUCCAGGUUUAUUUACCCCAAACACCUGCCUGACAGGUUGUCACCUCCAAAACCUCUCUCCCUGAAGUCUCAGUCAUCGCCGUCACCACCAGAGCCCUUAUCGUCCGCCUUGCCGUACUCUCAGUCACCUAGGAAACGAUUAUCCAGCAGGUCACAAAAUACCAAGUCACCUAGUGACCCUCUCUCUCCCGUGUCACCAGGAAGUCCUGCGUCCUACAGGUCACCUCCAAAACCCUUAUCCACCAUGUCACCGUCAACGCCUCCAGAUGCUCUGUCCUCUAGGAAGGUGUUGAUUCCAUCACAAGAGGAACCCUUAUCCACCAUGUCACCGUCAACGCCUCCAGAUGCUCUGUCCUCUAGGAAGGUGUUGAUUCCAUCACAAGAGGAACCCUUAUCCACCCAGUUAGCCAUGUCAUCCCACCCCUCUCCUUCUCUUUCCCUGAUGAGUGACCCACCACCACACUCCUCUGACACACUGACAAACUACAGCUCCCAGCAGACACCACGAGUGCUCUCAGGGUCAGGGAUCAGAAAGUCACACAGUCCAGCUCUCUUUCCCAGGAUGCCUGCAACAGAGUCAUCCAGUGACAGCCCGGGCCUGACGCCCUGCGAAGAAGACUCCUCAGACGAGGAGAUGAAGAUGGAUGGAUGUUUAGAGGAGUGGGGGGGUAGUGCGGAGCACAGAUGCUCUACCUUCCUCUCUCCCACCCUUCUCCCAGAGGGUUCCCCUGUCUUCCUAACAGCCCUGGACCCAGAACCAGAGACAGGAGAGCUGGUCCCAGAACCAUCCAUGGCGCUGCGUGCUGUGGCCCAGAGAGAGCCGUCCGAGGCGCGGAGCUUCUGUGGUCUUGAGGGCUUCCUCAUCCUGAUGGACCUCGGUUCUCCACAGCCCAGCCCACGUCCCACACAUUCUCACCCAGACACACAGGACAGCGUACACACACUCACAACAGGGGCAGACAGCUGGAUGCCCUGUAGCAGCUUCAGAGGCUGUGCUGAGGAACACCUGGUUACCACGGUGAUGAUGAACAGCCUCAGUCACGUAGCCACACCCACCCGGAGAGGAGCAUCCUCUGGUCAGGGGCUGUAUACACCUGGUAGAUCUACUCCAAGGCGGUCCUCCCGUCCUACCAGUGCUCUGUCUCGCCCUGUCUCUGGCACCAUGUCCCAUCCCGUGUCCCGUCCUCUGUCUCGGGCGGCUAAGGAGAUCCUGGACAUCUGUCUCGUGGACCAGACUGGCUGUGAGGACCCUGACCUGGAGCAGGACAUAGACACACAGGCUCUCAGCAGCCUGGUGGAGGAGUUCCGAUUGAUGGCUACAGAUUCAGAUCUGUCCCAGGUGUUCACCUCUGCGGGGGGCGGAGCUGAAAAAGAGGGGCGUGUCAGGAGGCGGGGCUCCCUUCGACUCGGAGCCAGCGAGUGUCAUUCAGACGAGGAGGAGGAGACUCUGAGAGACCAGCAGAGUGUCCUGUCACUUCCCUGACCCAUUACACUCUCAACAUGGUAACACUCAGGAGACACUCUCAACAUGGUAACACUCAGGAGACACUCUCAACAUGGUAACACUCAGGAGACACUCUCAACAUGGUAACACUCAGGAGACACUCUCAACAUGGUAACACUCAGGAGACACUCUCAACAUGGUAACACUCAGGAGACACUCUCAACAUGGUAACACUCAGGAGACACUCUCAACAUGGUAACACACACACACACACACAACACACUCAACAUGGUAACACACACACACACACACACACAACACACUCAACAUGGUAACACACUCAGGAGACACUCUCAACAUGGUAACACACAGGAGACACUCUCAACAUGGUAACACACACACACACACACACACACACACACACACACACACACACACACACACACACUCAACAUGGUAAAACACACACACAGGUCUACACUGCUUCUCUACUGGACACCAACACCAUACUUUUAUUUUACGGAUCACAGAAGAACAAUAUAAAGACAUGCGUUCCUGUAGUACUGUGGUGCUGUGAUACUGUGAUGCUCUGAUACUGUGAUGGUCUGAUGCUGUGAUGCUGUGGUGCUGUGAUGCUGUGAUACUGUGAUAUAACAUGGUUCAUCUGCCAGGUUCAUUUCAUAGGCCGUUUCAUUUGAUCCUUGUGUUCAGAAAGGUUGAAUAUUUGGUCAUGUGCAGCGCUGUGGUAUUGUAAUAAAAGUAGAAUAUUGGUU